AUGGCUGAUGCUAAGUCUUCUACCGGCAACUUUAACAUUCAGAUUACCAGUGUGAAGCUGAAUGGUGCUUCUAAUUAUCUACUUUGGUCUCAAGGCUUUGAGGUCUAUAUCACUGCUCGCCGGAAGAUGAAAUACCUUACCAUGGAACCUCUGCAAUCUACUGAUGACAAAUAUGAUGAUUGGAAGGGUGUUUGGGAAGAACUCAAGGAAAGCUACUCUCAAGAUACAAAUCUGUGCCGAAUUUAUGAUCUCUAUAAGAAAUUCUUCUCUUUUAAACAAGAUGGAAAAUCCCUUGGUGAGUAUUACAGUUCAUUAAAGGGGAUGUGGGAAGAACUUAAUGUAUACCAGCCUAUUUCUACUGAUGCUGCUGUAAUUAAGUCCCAACGAUCUGAAUUUUUGGUUGCCAAAUUUCUCUCUGGGUUAGACUCUGAUCUUCAAUCCAUCACAAGCCAAUUGUUGAUUGGAGAGAAGAUCCCCUCUAUGAAUGAAGCUUAUUGUCGGCUCCAGAGAGUUAUAUCCCCUUCAGUGGUGAAGUUUGAUUCAGCUCCUACCGACAAAGAUAAUUCUGCCCUUUUCACUUCUACUGGAGGGCGUGGCCGUGGUGGUGGUAGUACCUCUUCUCGCGAUCGUGGUUCUAAUUUUGGGCGUGGUCGUGGAGCUGGUUCUGGAGGUCGUGGGACUAUGUCUAACACUGCUAGUUCUGGUUCUGUUGAUGCUAGUUCUCGAUGGUGCACUCAUUGUAAUCGGUCUAAUCAUACUGUUGAUAAGUGUUGGCUCAAACAUGGCAAACCACAGUGGGCCCGUGAGCAAUUUACAAAUUCUGUCGUUUCUGAUGGAGGGGCUGAUUCUGUGCACUCUUCCGACACUGCCCCGGGAUCCUCUACUGAUGGUGGUAACUCUUCUAAUGAUUUAGUCUCUCAACUCUUACAACGAGUCCUGCAACUUGAGACUUCUUCUUCUACAUCUACAGCUGUCCUUGCCCACUCAGGUACUACUGCUUGCUUCGCGUCCUCAUCCUCCCCGUGGGUCAUUGACUCCGGAGCAUCUUCUCACAUGAUCGAUAAGCCUAAUUUGUUUUCAUCUUACACACAGCCUUCUAUGUCAUCUCGGAUCUCUAUUGCAGAUGGAUCCUCCAUACCAAUCAAUAGGAAAGUUUCCUUGUCUUCUGACAUAUCUUUAACUAAUGUUCUCCAUGUUCCCAAGCUUCCUCUUAAUCUUUUGUCUGAUCUUGCAACAAAGAUGAAGAUUGGUGGCGGGUAUGAGAAGGGAGGCCUCUAUUACUUUGAUUUGGGAACUACAUCCACUGCAGCGGUUGCUACUUCUCCUGGCUUUUAUAAUGAAAUUCGAGUUCAAUUUGGUGUUUCUUUAAAAACUUUGCGUACUGACAAUGCCCUUGAAUUAAUUCAGCGUGAGGCCUCUCAGUUUUGUUCUGACAAUGGCAUUCUUCACCAAACUUUUUGCUCUUAUACAUCUCAACAAAAUGGUGUGGCAGAGCGCAAAAAUCGCCAUUUAUUAGAUGUCACUCGUUCUUUGAUGUUUCAUAUGCAUGUUCCCAAACUCUAUUGGGCAAAUGCGGUGUUGAUAGCUUAUUUUCUGAUUAAUCGUAUGCCUUCAUCUAUUCUACAUAAUCAAAUUACUUUCAACAUAGUAUUUUCUGAUCGGGCUGUCUUCUCUCUUCCUCCUCGUGUUUUUGGUUGUCAUUGUUUUAUUCAUGUGCUUCGCCCAGGGCUUGAUAAGUUAUCUUCCUGGGCUGUUAAGUGUUUGUUUCUUGGAUAUUCUCGUACCCAGAAGGGGUAUCGAUGUUUUGACCCUGUUACUCACCAACAGUUUAUUUCUGCUGAUGUUACCUUUUUCGAGAGUUCCCCUUAUUUUGCUGGUUCCUCUGUUGAUGUUAAUCUUGAUGAAGUUGGUCGGGUUGCUGCCCCUGCUCCUCUUCCUCCUCUUCCUCUACCGAUAGCUGCCCCACCUGUACAGGUUUAUGUGCGCCGUCACCAACAGCAGUCGUUGCUCCCACUUCAACCUAUUGCGGCCACUCCUUUACCGCCACCAGCUGAUUCUUUGACUGUAGAUCCUCCUGUUGGUGUUGAUGAUCUCCCUAUUGCUCAGAGAAAAGGUACUCGUACUUGCACUACUCGUCCUCUUUAUCCUCUGGCAAAUUAUGUGUCUAUUUCUCAUCUUUCUCUUCAUUAUUGUGCUUUUGCUACUGCAUUACAUUCUACUUUUAUUCCCACUUUUUAUACCAUUGCUAUGUCUCACCCUAAGUGGAAAAAUGCUAUGGAUGUGGAGAUGGAGGCUCUCAUCUCUCGUAAGACUUGGUCUUUAGUUGAUCUCCCACCUGGUAAGGAUCUUGUUAAGUGUCAUUGGGUGUACACGGUGAGGUACAAUCCCGAUGGUACUGUGGAGCAGCACAAGGCCCGUUUGGUUGCCAAAGGACGACAGGGGUCUAAUGUGGUCAUCCUAGCAAUAUAUGUUGAUGAUAUUAUUAUUACCGGUAAUGAUGCUUCUGGGAUUGCCCAUUUUGGUGCUUCUGAUGACACAGACUUUAGUGAUCCACACCAGUAUCGAUGCCUGGUCGGUAGACUUAUCUAUCUUACAGUUACUCGUCUUGAUAUUUCUUUUGUUGUGGGUGUUAUCAGUCAGUUCAUGCAGACGCCUAAGCAAGUUCAUUGGGAGGCUGCUUGUCGUAUUUUACGUUACCUUAAGGGUGCUCCUGGCAAGGGCCUUGUCUAUCACCGUCAGGGACACACUAGCAUUGUUGGAUUUUCUGAUGCCGCGUAG